AUGAGAUUACACUUUAAAGAAGAAUAUAUAAAUGAAAUAAUGAAUUCGGUGAAUAAUAAUUUAUUCAGCAUGCCCGUGCUUGAGAGAAGGAUAAAUUUGCACCAGGAUGCCAAAAAGGGGAUGCACAGGUUGAAGGACUAUUUAUCAUAUUAUUUGGGAAGAUUAACAAGUCUGUAUAGCGUGGAGGCACACAUUUAG